AUGGAGGAAGCGACGGCUCUGGCCACCCUUGCGUUGCCGCAAACAAACCUCGAGACGAUCUCGCGGCCCAGUUCCACGUCGACGUCGGAAUCCGCAUCCGCAGCCGCGGUUGUAGCCGCGGCCUCGACGGUUCCUCAGUUGCCAGGCAUUUCAGCGCUUGCCCAGGCCAACAACUCUGCGACGAGCUCGCCUCAGAUGCGGUACAGAAGCGAUUCCCGCGCCCGCUCCCGUUGCCGCCUCCACACCGACUCAGGCGCCCGCGCCCGCGCCAGCUCCCGCGCCGACGCCGACUUACGCUUCUGGCGGAGGAUCCACCACGCUAACGAAUCUACGCAGCCAACAUGCCAAAACUGCCAGACCUCAACCACGCCCUUGUGGCGGCGCGAUGAAUAUGGAUCAGUCCUCUGCAAUGCAUGCGGACUGUUCCUCAAGUUGCAUGGUCGUCCGCGUCCGAUCUCGCUCAAGACCGACGUAAUCAAGAGCCGAAACCGCGUGAAGACGAUGCGCCCUGAUCUUGCAUCUAAGAAGAAGCAGCAACAACAAGCUCACCAGUUUGGCGCAAACGAUCCGAACGGCCUCGACAUCCAUGGGCAAAACCAGCGCAGACAGUCGCAAAAGUCAAACGGCAAUCCGGACGGCUCUGACUCCCCCGUUUCUCGUACCGCGACCCCUUCUCUAUACAACCCUAGCCUCCCGGUCUUCCAGGGCAUGGAUGAUGCGCAGCUUCAGGCUGGACUGCAGGGCUUCAACGUCUCUGGGUCGGACAACCGCUCGGGCUCCCCUCUGAAUGGUGACCGACACCUCGACGUCCCACAAACACAUGAGCAGCUCAUUGCCGCCAAUUCUGCCCUCAAAACCCGGGUUAGCGAACUAGAGCUGAUCAACGAACUCUUCCGCGGCCGACUCAGCCAAAUGGAGCAAGACGAAGCAAGCGCAAGAAGAGGGCAGGAGAUUAGCGGCAAAGCGGAAGCCCAGCUGCGGGCUCAGCUGGAGAGCAGUAAGAAGCAAUUGGAUGAGAGCCAUCGCAGAGAAAACAACCUGAAGCGGCGUCUUGACGAGAUGGAGCUGGAGCUGAAGGAGGCCAGAGAUGCCCUGGACCUCUCUGACUCUGGCCGCGCAGCAAAAAAGCCUCGGAUUGCCGAGGUGGUUGCUAAUCCAGCCGUUGCUGCGACCACGAGCGGAGGAGGCGGUGACGGCGGUGGUGGUGGAGAAUCCGAAGUCUCGACUCCUCAAUCCGCCGCCGCAAACUGA